GAGAGGAGAAAGAAGAAGAGGGAGAUAAUUACCGGUGUAAAAGAGAGAGAAGUAAAGAAGGAGAGAGCAUUCAUUGACAAAAAGAGAGAAGGAGGAGAAGGAGAGAUAAUAAGAGAAGAGAUAACUUACGAAAAACUUUAAGUGUCCGUCUUGGUUAUGAAUAAUGAGCUAAGGAGAAAGAAAGUGACACGCGUCACCGUGAUUUCAUAAACAGCCUAUAACAACAUUAAACGGAUAACAUAAUCAAAACACACAACGAUAAAGAUGUUUCGAAAAACCAAGAUCCUAAUUCCUGUAAACAUUUUAAGGAUGUUACUCGAUCAUUAACCUUAUGUUUUUCUUCACCUAUAAGAAUUUCGGUUUUACAUAAGAAAUAUGAUAUCAACGACCAUGAAGAUACUGAAGCAAGCCGGGCUGUUUAUGUGCAUUCCUGUCCUGCUCAUGAACACGCUGGCGCAAGGCCACCGCACAGACGACGUUGCAGAGGAGCACCAAAUCACAUGGGGACGACCUCACUCCAACAUGGCCUAUUUUGACGACGACAUAGAUUUUAAUGUCUCUGCAAUCGUGGGUCAACAAGCGAGGCUUCCCUGCAAAGUGAUCAACCUUGAUAAGAAAGAUGUAUCAUGGAUUCGACAAAGAGACUUGCAUAUUCUCACGGUGGGAAUCUUCACCUACACCAGCGAUGACCGAUUCAAGGUUUUUCAUCCUGAAGGGAGUGACGACUGGUUCCUUGAGAUCAACCCCGUGACCUUCAGAGACGCUGGUGUGUAUGAGUGCCAGGUGUCAACGAGCCCGAAGAUUUUCCUACCCGUGACACUCACUGUGGAAGUUCAACACGCGAGCAUCCACGGACCGAAGGAGAUCUUCAUCAAGAACGGCUCGACCAUCAGACUCUUCUGCGUCAUCAACACUCACUCGGAGAACGUGGGGGUCGUCAGCUGGUACCGAGACAUGAGCAAGCUGGAUUACGACUCUCCCAGGGGCGGCGUGAGCGUGGAGAUCGAGAAGACGCCCGAGAGGACCACUUCCAAGCUCUUCCUGACAAGGGCGCUGAAGGGGGACUCGGGAAACUACACGUGUGCGCCGCAGUUUGCUCAGGCCGCUUCGGUCCUCGUCCACAUCGUUAACGGCGAAGAAUCGGCGGCGGUGCACACGGCCAGCUCAGCGCAUCUCGAGUGUAACAGGUUCCUUCUAAGUAGCUCCUUGUUACUGGCGCUUCUGCUCCGUGUUCGGCGGUGACACACGUGAAUAAAGUGAACCAAGAGCUGAACCGGAAAUGGAGUCUCAUCAUCAUUUCAUUAGACUGGUAUGAAGAUCUUUUUAUUCAGAAAUUUUCAUUUAAUUUUCCUUAUUCUUCAUUAGGGUUGUUUCAUAAAAAUAGAGACAUCUUUCUCCGUGUAGAAUAUUAUAAAUCAGAUGUUAUAUAAGUACAUAUAUACACAUAAACACAUACUCACAAACACACACACACGAACAAACAAAUAUUCAUAUAUACUUAUACAUGUAUACACAUAUAUGUAAACAUAUAUAAGAUAUAACAAAAGCAAAGAUAUAUUUAUCAUGUUGACCAUGUCUAUAAAAUGUUAUAGAGACUCUGUAUUUAAUGUACCAUCUAGAAUUAUUCACUGUAUUUGGUGUUGUUACAUAGAACGACUUUGUUCCAUUGUGUCACAAGAUGCUCCGACUUACCUGUAUAGAGUAUGAUCACUCUUUUUGUAACUGGCUGUGAAGAUCUUUCUAUAUUUUGUAUACUGCUCCGGGAACUCUUUUUUGUCAUGGUAAAGUUGUAAUCCUGUAAGAAUAUAAAAACGUUAAAUA